ACUCAACUCUCACAACAUCUAUUAUCUGAACCCUCUUUCAUUCUUUAAUUCUUCAUCACAUUCAAAAUGUUUGCCCCAGGCCAAGAACAGAUCUCCAAGGAAGAGAUCAAGGUCAGCAUCACGCCAGGACCACUGCCUCAAGCUGGUGAGAUCGAGGCCAGCCAGACCGUCCAGAUGGCUCUCGCCGGUGGUUUCCUCCUCUACCUGUCUCCCUUCGCCGUUGACUUCGUCCGCAAGUUCCUUUAAGCCGGUUGACCCGUCUUCCGCUCCUCUUUCUUGCCCUUCCCGGACUGUAAUCGACGAAUCGCUGGUUAUGAUUUCGCGAUGAGAUGCAGGAGAACUGGAUAAUUGAUUUUCCCCCCUGGCAUAUUUUUUUUAUUUCCCAG